CGCGAUCAUUAAAGAGGCAAAUGAUGUACGAGCAAUGUCCAGUCAGUCCAACGUAGAACACAGACAAAGGACACAACUGACACUGUAAAGGACAUUGCACUUCAGCAAGGAUACAGUUCUUACAAUUUGAACAACACAAGAUAUCAAGCUCAAGGAAACAAAUAUACUCAAGGGAUUGAAGCAAUUGGAUAAACUUUCAAAGUUCCAAGUACAGAGAGAAACCGUUAAAAGGACUAUCCUCUCCAGACACAACAACAACACAAUCUAAAGGCCUUGACCUCUGUAGGGAGAUUGGUGACCUCUACUCUCCGACCUCCUCCUUCUAGUCUUCUGUUGUCUGUGUGGUGCCCAGUGCUCACCAGGCAGGUCGCAAAGAAGCGGUGCGCAGCGCCAUGGUAACCCACAGCAAGUUUGACUCCGUCAUGAGCAGCAGCCCCUUCGACUCCACCAUGCGGCUGCCUCACCGUUACAAGACCUUCAGCUCCAAGGUGCAGUACCAGCUCGUCGUCACCACCCUGCACAAGCUCCAGGAGAGCGGCUUCUACUGGGGCUCUAUCAAUGGCAAGGAGGCCAACGCCAUGUUGGCCGCCGAGUCCGUCGGCACCUUCCUGAUCCGCGAUAGCUCCGACAACCGACACUUCUUCACGCUCAGCGUCAAGACGGCGUCUGGCACCAAGAACCUGCGCAUCCAGUGUGACUCCGGGUCCUUCUUACUCCAGACGGACCCCAAGAGCAUGCAGGCUGUGCCCCACUUCGACUGUGUGCUGAAGCUGGUCCACCACUACAUGCCCCCGACCAAAGGGGCUUCGCUGGUGGAGAAAAACACGAGGGGAGGGAACGCCUCCUACUACAUCUACUCUGGAGGGGAGAAGAUUCCCCUGGAGCUCCUCAAACCUUUCUCCUCCACUAUGUCCAGCCUGCAGCACCUGUGUAGGAAAACAGUCAACGGACACCUGGACAUAUCCAGCAAACGGGAGCAGCUUCCCCACCCGCUCAAAGAGUUCCUGCAGGAGUACGACGCGCCCAUCUAGGCCUCUCUGGACAUGUAGUGCCUCGAUGCCAUAAGACUUGAUAAAGGUGUUAUGAAGGGGACUUGGGCUGGUGUGAGAGACAGUGUGGCAGUACCCCACAGAACUGGGGGGGAAAUAUGACUGUCUGUAUCUGUCUCUUAGAGGGAUGGUUCACCCACAUCAGGGUGACGAGGCAGAGGGGAAGGCAGCAGCAUGAGUCAGUCUGAGAAAGUAGAAGAAGAUGCUUGGUAUUGUGGUUCUCAUAAGGGCUGUACUGUACCCAUCUCCCAAGCCCAGGAGUGAUAUAACGUUACCAUGAGGAGUAGAGCUAUACUGGUCCCACGUCAGCCAGUCACUCUCAACAGGCUGCCAACCAAAAGACAAGAGGUGGGCGUCGUCAUCAGACUUUCCAGUCUCUCAUUCAUGCAGAGAGAGAGAGACAGAACGAGAGAGAAGGAGAGAGAGAGACAGAACGAGAGAGAAGGAGAGAGAGAGACAGAACGAGAGAGAAGGAGAGAGAGAGAGAACGAGAGAGAAGGAGAGAGAGAGACAGAACGAGAGAGAAGGAGAGAGAGAAAAGACAGAACGAGAGAGAGAAAGGAGGACUGGUUCAUUGAGAGGCUAAACGGCCAGUCGGUGUGCUGCUAAUUGGUUCAGAUGUGUGUCGGUCAGGCCUUCAAUUGGACCAGAAAAGAACUGUUUCCCAACCUCAACUCUAACCUCACUGCAUGACUAAUAACUUCCUCCCGAGGUCCGCUCUCUCUCUUUAGUCGAUGAAGGCUCUGAGCCAGCAUCUUGCCUGCCUUCACACCUCUGACGAGGCACACAUUCCCACUGCUGCUAACCACGGGGUCUGGCUGUGGCACGGCACCGGCCUGAGAAACACAAACACACCAGCCUCUCCUAUCCAUUCAACCAUUACAUCAGGAUUGGCUAUAUUGACUGUCCUUAGCUGGCUGUUGGAUAUUAGUUACGGACAUUAGCCCUGAGCCUGGAAGUAUUAAACUCGUUGGUCGGAGUACCAAGCUUUUUGGCUUCCUCUGGGAAAACUGGGAUCUCUGUCUCAGCCUUGCCAGGAAACUGCCUAGCAACCGGAAUUCUAACCCAUGUUCCAAAGGGGACAUUUAACGUCACCAACGUCACCACCUCCAACAUCACACUUUGAGUCAAUAGUUGUUUAUUUCCUUAGAAAAACUAGCCAGAACUGCAAACCAAUUAUGACCCAAUGUUACAGAAGUGUGAAGCCACAAACGGCCGAAUGGAGAACAUUAUAUUUGAGACUUAAGGUGUUGAAGAUGUGUGUAAUGAUUGGUUGAUUGGCAGGGCUUUUGAUUUGAACAUGCCAAACCUGUCCUGAACUCACCAACAAAACGGUUUCUUGACUGAACAACGAAUACUUGCAUGACGAAUAAAUGAAUGAGGGGUUGCUUUUAUACUUGAGAUAAUAACAUCACUAUAUACAGAGGAAAUAGAGUCUGGGUAAGCCCUCAGUGGAUAGGAAAUAUACCCCGAUGAAUGUGGUGGUAUUUGUGCCACAGACAGGAUACCAGAUAUCACUUACCAUUGAAUGUAUUAAGAUCUGAGAAUCUCUCUUCCUCACAAAGAGAGCAUCUAAGGUUCAUUCUGUUCAAUUUAUUUUUCUUAAAACCAGACAAUGUUUACAUGACUGACAGAAAAAUGCAAACAGGUUUUCUCCUAUCUUUUAUAAAGAUAUUCAUUAUUGUCUAGCCAGGUGACUGGCUGCAGUAGAAGCAUGAUCGAGUUUGAAGAAAAGGAGAUCGCAGAAGCAAGCAGAACUAAAAAAUUUGCACAUAUUUAUAUUCAUACGACAUUUCAAUAAUUUAUAAUAAAGAGCACUAUUUUUUUAAUGAA